UGUAGCCUUGUACCAUGUGACCUCUGUGAUCAUUCACAAAUUUCACACGUAGUAAGCAAUGAUGUCACAAGUGACAUCUUGCUUACUACUUUGCAUGUGAUUACUGAUUGGCCAAUCAGUGAUCACAUGAAUAGUAGUAAGCAAGAUGUCACUUCUGACAUCAUUGAUUACUACAUGUGUAAUCUGUGAAUGACUACAGAGGUCACAUGGUACAAGGCUAUUCACAACAGCCUUGUAUUAUGUGACAAGCUGUGACCAAUCACAGCUCACACAGUAUUUCUCAAUGGCUGCAAGAAUGCAGCCAGAGAGGAGAAAUCAUUGCUUUUAAAGCCUUUAUGGGUGUAAAAGCAAUCAGUGUAAACAAA